AUGGAUAGGACCCCUCUACAUGAAGCAGCAGGGAGGGGAUUCUACGACAUAGUCAAACUGCUCGUUGAUAAUAAAGCUGAUUCGACAUAUGUUGAUAAUACUGGGAACAUAGCUGUUAAAUUAGCACAUGAUAAUGGAUACGAUUCUAUCACAAAAUGUCUAAUUUCACAAUGUCAAAAUAAUUCUGUAUUUGAAGAGGCUGUAGUUGAAGAACUUAUUGAAAAUAGUGGAAGUCCUCUUGAUAUCAUACUCCAAAAAGGAGUGUUACGCAAAGCGUUAUUCAAUAAAUCUUUCAAUUGCGUUUAUGAGGUUUUCAUUCAUAAUGUUAGACAACUUGCUUUACAAAGAAAUUGGAUAAGUUCCUUUAUUCGCCGAUAUCUUUUAAAGAAAAACAUUCCAGUCGUUAAAUGUUUGUGUAGUCACUGGACUGAUGUUGGUUCCAAUGGCACAGAUAUUAAGGAACUUCUUUCUUUAGCAUCGCAAAUGGAAAAUAUUGAGAUUGUAAACAAUUUACAACAAAUUCUUCAAAUAACUGAUAUCAAUGUAUGCGGGAAAAAAAUCUCUAAAUCGUAUGAGAAGGCACAGAAAAAAGCUCAUGAAGUAGGUCCAGAUUUUUCACAGAAAGAAAACAAUUUCAAAAACUUCAGCGAAGAUUUUGCCCUACUGGAUAGUGUGGAAUCAAAUUCCCCUGAUAUAGAAAUGCAUUUGGAAAAUUGCUUUACAAAAGAAUUAUGCAAGUCUGAGGAAAAUUUAACAUCAUUAUUAACUGCAUCAAACAAUGAACUCACUGAGAUUGUGAAAUAUUUUGCAGAACAUGGCGCUGAUAUUAAUGUAUGCACUCAUAGAAAUUGCACUGCUCUUUUCAUGGCAACAUCAAAACAAAAUACUGUUGCUGUAAAGCAAUUAGUGGAAAACGGCAGUGAUACUAAUAUAUCAGCUAAAAAGGGAAACACAGGUAUUGUAAAAGAUUUGAUAGAACAUGGUGCCAAUGUCAACAUAUGUUCUGAAAUAAAUUGUACGCCAUUACUAAUUGCCUCUAAAUAUGGACACAAUAAGAUUAUGAAAUAUCUAAUGGAGUAUGGUACCUGUUUUAGUGCAUUGCACACCGGGAACAAUACACCCUUAGUGUUAGAAUCAACGAAUUGUGUCAACCAAAACAGUUACAGACAAUUCAAAAUUCAUACAACUUUAGAAGAGAGUAAAUACCAGCCAUUACAGGAAAAUAGGAAUGAUUCAACUGUAAAGCCUUUAAAACAAAUUGAAAUUGAUACCAGUCAGUAUGAAUAUAUCGGAAACUGCACACCAUUAUUAAUUGCAACAAGAAACGGUCACAAAGAAAUUGUACAACUCCUAGUUAAACAUGGUGCUGACGUUAAUAUAUGUACUGACAAAAACACAACACCUUUGUUUGUUGCAUCACGAGAUGGAAAUUUCGAAAUCGUGAAAUAUUUAGUAGAUCAUGGUGCUGACAUAAACAUCUGUACCGAGAGAAAUUAUUCACCAGUGUGCAUAGCAACAGAAAAUGGACAAUCUAGAAUUGUGCAGUACUUAUUAGAACAUGGUGCCAAUGUAAAUAAUUGUGUUAAUGAAAAAUGUAUUCCGCUAUUCAUGGCAUCAUGA